AUGAAUACACACACUUCUGUAUCAGAUAUUUUUAACCAAAUUUCCAAUUCAUGUUACAUCUGCCAAAAACCAAUUAAAAAACCAGUCGCUGUCUUGGAAUAUGAUCAUAUCUUACAUUUCAACUGUGCUAUUGAAUUUUUUGCAAUUGGUAAAAAUAUUACCUGCCCCGUUAAAAAUUGCCAAAAUCGAAUUAAAAAUAUAGAAGCAGUUGAAAAGGAUAUCGGUAAUCUUGCGGAAGCUUUAAAACCUGGAAAUACUCCUAAAAGAAAUGUGGUUCGUGCGAAAAAAGAAGUCGUUUUGUCUUAUUAUCAGUUCAGGAAAGCAGAUGCAGAAAAACUUAAAGAGUUACUAAAGAUAUCGAUCCCCCUACGCACGGCACAGAGUAAGAUAGUUGCUGAAGUUAAGAAAUUACUCUCCAGUGGUACUUCUAUUAAUGUUAUAAAGAGAAGAAUUGCUACAGCUCAAAAGAUUUAUGAUAUCUUCAGCACAAUUGGUGAGGAUAAGAUCCAACGAAUCAGAAAUUUUAGCGCAUCAAGUAUUGGAGCUUUCAAAAAAGAUGAAAUUGAGUUUAUUAAAACCGGAGAUAACAAAUCUAAAUUUAGAAUAGAAAGGAAAAGUUCAAAUAUAUGGACAGACUUCAAUGUAUUGCAGAGCAAUGACCCAAAGGGUCUUAAUUCUG